AUGUCGACGCGCCGAAGCGACGCGCUGGGCGAGCCGUCGUGGCUCGUGGAAGCCGUCGGGGAUGGCAGUGCCGAUCGCGAUAUCGACGCCAUUCGCUCGAAAUUGCACGAGCAAUGGCAGGUGGAUGCACUCGAGGCACGUACAGUGCUCACGACGUGCCUUCGUGCGUACGUGUGUGACAACCACAGCACAGCGGAUGUGAUAGCGAAUGUAUUGUCGGUGCAGGAUGCUGCCUGGGCUGAUAUGGUGCUGGAUACAUGCUGGGCACUGGAUUGGGAGAGGGAGGCGCUGCCAGAGUCGGUAGACGCGCUGCCCCUCUCGACAGUACGCACUCGUGUAGCUGAUGUGCUAGCGCGUCUGCUCACCGCGUCUGUACUUACGCGCGAGAAAGUAUGUACGCGCCUGGAUGCGCCACUCCUGCAGGCACUCGGAUUGGUCGAUCCUACGAUCUUCCAUCGGCGUGGCAUCCAAAUUCGCACAGCCAGCUUUUUCAAGCAACACAAGUACAAUUUGCUGCGCGAAGAAAAUGAAGGGUAUGCCUCGCUUCUCACAGAGCUCAUGACGCACUUGGGCCCGCCGCUCGUCGCGACAUGCGACGGCGUGGUGUCGCCGGAAGAUGCAGAGGCUGUAACGAAACGUGCUUCGGCCCUGCUGGCAAGCGUUCAAGCGCUGAUCGGCUACUAUUCUCUGGACGCUACGCGUGUCCUGGACAUUCUCUUGGGCGUAUUUGCGACGCACAUCGUACACUACCAUCCUCUGUUUAUUGCAUUGCUACGGCAAGGACCAUGGGACGGUACGCGGAUCGCGCAAGUGCUCGGCGCACAGUGGGCGCAUUAUUCGCAGCCGGAUGUACAGGAAGCGCCGCCUCGUAGUUUGUACCUGGCGGCGGCACUGCUACUUCGUGCCGAUCUUCUUGCGUGGCGCGUCCUCUACCCGUACAUGGCGCCGGAUGAUACGAUACAGCGUCUGCAUACAGCGUAUGAAGACGCACUGGCCGCCAAGCAAGCCUCCGUUGGUGCGAAUGCGCUGACGAUGGCCGCGCCUUUGGUGGACGAUGAUGCACCGUCUUCUGCGUCAGACAAGGCGUCCUCGGUAUCGGCGGCCGGCACAGCGGCGGCGGCACGUCAAGCGCCUCCGCCCUCGCAUGCUGUGAUGGUCGUUCGGGCGUUGCUGCAGUGUGGUGCGUAUGAUAUGGUCAUGCCGUUCCUUGCGCAGUAUCCCUGGGUCUUUGGCGCCUUUCCUAGUGUCACGCAGGCGUACUUGCGCCUGGUAUGGCACUGUCUUAUGCCUGUAUGGGAGUCCAUGUCGUUGAAUGUAUCCACGCCCAAGGCUCCGACGGAGUACGCAUUGACGCUGGAAGCGCCUGAGCUGCGUGGGGGUAGUACGGCCUAUGUGUUCUGUGUAGGCGAUUGGGCGACGCACCUUACGCCUGUAACGGAUGCCGUGGCGAUCUUGCCGAUGCUGGCGCCGCUUGGGGAGCACGUAGCACAGGAUGCGCGCUUGCUGCAGCGGCUCUGUCGAUGUGCCGCGGCAGCGUCGGAUACAGCGGUAUGGCUCCCCUUCGUACGUACGCAGCUUCUUCCUGCUGUAUGUCUAGCGGAGGGCGGAGCGCCGUUGCUCUACGAGGCAUGGUCGUACCUCUCGAAGCUGUCGUACCCUGCGCGCUACGCAUUGUAUGGCGAAUGGAAGCAUCGGGCAAGCAAGCGUCCUGCGUUGCGGCAUAGCAAGGCCCAGACGGAGCGUGAAGCGCGUGGCAUUCUUCGCCGUGUGAGUGCGGACAAUGUACGUGCGAGUGGCCGCAGUCUGGCCAAGGCGGCGCAUGCCAAUCCGCUGGUGUUUUUCGAUGUGGUCCUGCACCAAAUCCAGUCGUACGACAACCUGAUUGAGCCCGUGGUCGAUGCGGCCAAGUACUUGACGCCCCUGGAGUACGAUGUGUUCUCGUAUGCGCUGCUGGAAGCACUGAGCAAUCCCGCGAAAGAACGCACCAAGUCCGACGGGACCAAUGUCAGUUUGUGGCUCAAGAGCUUGGCCUCGUUUGCCGGCACGUUUUACCGCAAGUAUCCCAGUACCGACUGCACGCCUGUGCUGCAGUACCUGGCCAACCGCCUGAAGCAGGAUCAUGUCAAGGACUUGGUAGUCCUCUCCGAGCUCAUUCUGAAAAUGGCCGGGAUGGAGCCGAUGGGCGAAAUGUCCGAGUCGCAAGUCGCCGCGCUCACGGGCGGUCCCCUCAUGCAGGUAGAGGCGACACUCACCCUGAUCCCUGCCACGUCGCCUACGGCGGUGCUGCUUGCGCGCCACAGCUUCAAGAAGAACGGCGGGCGACUCUACCGCACUCUGAAAGAAAGUCACUUGGCUGUCCCACUGCUCUUGCUCAUGGCGCAGCAGUGGCAGCUGUGUGUGUUCCACGAGCACGAGACCCACAUCAAGUCGCUCAGCAGCACGUUUGAUACGUGUGCCUCGAUCCUUCUGCAGUACGUCCACUUCCUUGCGUCGCAGGGGUGGGCUGAGUACGCCUCGCUUGUACCGACUCCGAUCGACUGUGCGAGGCGAUUUGGGCUGUCGUUGCCGAUGGCGUUCCUUCUGACGCGGCCCAAACUUGCUUGGGAGGUACGUCAUGCGACGUGCGAGCCGGGGAAGACGGAGAGCGAUGCCGCAGCGGAGGCGAUGGAGGUCGAUAUGGGCCAGCCUGCGGAGGCGACCGACGAAGAAGCCGAGGCUAUGGACACGGACGACGCACCUACGUGGCACCCUGUGCUGGCGCCGUGGAUGGACGAGGUCGAGUCGUGCCUGGCGCCAGGCUCCAUCUCGGCGCUGGGCGUGCCAUUCUACUUGACGUUCUGGCAACUGAGCCUCGCGGAUGUAACAGUGCCGAUGGAACGGUACCAGCAGGAAAUGACUCGGCUGCGGCAAGCGCUGCAGGACUUGGACGCAGCCACAGACAUCUCCGACAGCCUGAAAAAGUCGGCGAAGAUGCGCCUGCAUGAGACCAUCACGCAGUUCACCGCCGAGCUCAAGGAGCAGACGGUCGCCUACCAAGCGACGCGACGUCGUCUGGCGAACGAAAAGAAGCACUGGUUUGCCCCGGACGUCGAUCGCGGGCAGCUGGCACAGCAAUUCGUCGCGCAGUGUGUGCAUCCACGCGCCUUGCAGACGCCCAACGAUGCCCUGUUUGCCGCGCGGUUCGUGCGCAUGCUGCAUACCAUUGGCACGCCCCACCUGCCGACGCUGGCCGUGUACGACAUCCUGCUCACGCAGCAUGUGGCGCCCACACUGUUUAGCGCGACGGAAAACGAAGCGCGGAACUAUGCGCGUUUCCUGCAUGGCCUCCUGAGCGAUCUACAUACGUGGCUACACGACGAGGCGGCGUAUACCAAGGACGCCAUCGGCGCAGACCAUGUGGGCUUUGCGCUGAGCUGGCACGGCGGGCGUGGGAUGCGAUCGCGCAGCGAGGAUGCGCCGCUGUCGUGGCGCGCCUUCAAGUACUUGGCCCUGGACUGGCACCAUGCGUUGCUGGCGGCGUUCCAAACAUGCUUGACCCAAGAGUAUAUGCGGAUGCGCAACGCCAUUGUCGUCCUGAAUCGCAUGGCUGCGUUCUUCCCUCUGUAUAAAGAGCAUGGCCAGCCGCUUCAAGAGAUGGUGCAUACCAUUGCGACGUCCGAUCCACGUGGGGAUCUCAAGGUGCUGGCGCAUGGGCUGGAUGCCACGCUGCGGAAGCAGGCGGCCUCAUGGGUCGACGUACACUUCUUCCGGCCGUAUACGCGCGAAGAACGCCAUGCGCAAGCCCUCCAGGCCAAAGAAGAACGUAGGCAGGCUCGUCGCGCAGCCAGGGCCGCGCGGCAACAAGCCGAAGAAGAACGGCGUGCGAAGGAACGAGCCGAGGAACUAGCGCGGCAGAAAGCCGAGGCGUCGCGUGAAGAAGCACGGCGUGCCAAGGCCAAGGCCAAAGAAGCACAAGAGGCCUCGGCGAAAAAAGGCCAUGCGGCGUCGAAGCAGGCGUCCACGAAGGACGAGCCACGCGACGCACGGAUCCGCGGAAGCAGUCAGCAGCCCAAAGACAAGGACACGCGUACGGAUCGACCCAGGAACGAUGCACGUCCAGCGCGAGAACCGCGUGGGGGCGACGACCGCGACGAGCCGGAGCGAGGUCGAUGGGGUUGGGGUCGUGAGCGUGAGCGCGAUCGCGAGCGCGAUCGUGACCGUGAACGAUGGGAUCGAUACGACGCGAGACGCGAUCGGCGAGGCGAGCGGGAACGGCCCGACGAGCCGCGGCGUGAGUCGAAUGCGAUGUGGCCACGACGACGCAACGACACACGUGAACCGGCCCCUGCGUCUUCGACGCCCGACGAGCCGCCGCGCGGUGGAGCAAGCAAUGCGCGCAAACGCUCCUUGGCAGAUCGGCUGAUUGCCGAAGGCAAAGCGGCGGACACGGCUGCGUCCUCCGCGUCGGACGCUGGACGUUCUACCAACGAAACAGAUGCGUCUCCGACGCAGGCUACGGCAGCGACUCCAGACGCGAAACGCAUGCGCAAGGACCGCGCAGGCAACGCUCCACGCCAAGGCGGCGGAGGGCGUGCCAACGCGGAUGACCGGCCCUCGUCAGAGGCGCCAGCGCGGCAUGGCUCAUGGCAGCCUCCGCAGGACCGGCCACAUCGGCAUUGGGGUCGCGAUCGGAAUCAGGAUAGCGGUCCGCGUGAACACCGCGAUCGUGAUCGUAGAAAACGUCGAGCGGGAGGCGACUAA